AUGAAUUAUAGGAAUGCAGGAGGAUUUACCGACGUUGGAUACUUACACGUACAGAUGAUAGCAGGUAAGCCAAAAUGUGCUGCAGCAGGCAUAGCUCAGUUGCUAAUGCAGAUACAACCACCAGUACGGGAAAUGUGGUCCAUAUCCCGAACCGAUAAAGCAAAACAAGCAACCGGUAGACUGAAUACGGCUACGCCAACCACACUGCUUGCAAAAAUAAUGCUGCUGUCAUGUGGUGAUAGUAAUAUUGGCUCAAUAUGA